AUGGCCGCAUACGCCAAUAGGCAAGCCAAACACUGCGACCAGUGUCAAAGGCACACUCCAGUUUCUAAACUCCCUCCUGAAAACCUCACGUCCAUAAGGUCACUGUGGCCCUUCAGAAAGUGGAGCAUGGACAUAGUGGGGAAAUUACCUAUUGCGCCGGGGCAGAAGUCUAACGGACAAGCCGAAUCCACGAACAAGACCGUGGUCAACAUGCUUAAGAAGCGACUGGAGGGUUCCCACGGGAAGUGGGCGGAAGAACUGCAUGGAGUCCUCUGGGCCUACCGGACCACUCCCAAGACCGCGACACAGGAAAACCCUUACUCGCUAGUCUAUGGCUCUGAGGCCAUAAUACCCACAGAGAUGCACGUGAGAACAACGGUCUCAGGGUCUACCUCUCAAGAAGAGAAUAAUGAACUGAGGACGCUGAGCCUCGACCUACUCGACGAAACGAGAGAGGCCGCUCGGCUAAGAAACUGA